AUACCAUCUCCUCUCUCCAAAUCAAACCAAUUCACACAACUCCUCAAAACCUACUCUCAAACCAAAUUUCUCUAAAGCCUUCAAUUCUUGGCUAGCUACUUUCAUCUACUCGUCUACGUACUAACAUCUACUUUUGUUUCUCAUCUAGGAUUUCCUCCAAAACCACUUUCUUCAUCUUCUUGAACUUAAUUUAGUGGUUCUUAGUGUUAUAUAUUUUUAGAUCUUCUUGGUUUAUUUUGUGUAAAAUGGAAGAUAUUGAAGUCCCUUCAUUUUUUCUCUGCCCCAUUUCUCUCCAAAUCAUGAAAGACCCGGUUAUAGUCCCAACUGGGAUAACUUAUGAUCGUGAGAGCAUUGAGAAAUGGCUGUUUUCAAGCAAGAAUGAUACCUGUCCAGUCACAAAACAAGUGAUAUCAGGUUGUGAGGUGACACCAAACCAUACUCUUAGGAGGUUGAUUCAAUCUUGGUGCACCCUCAAUGCUUCAUAUGGUGUUGAAAGAAUCCCAACUCCAAAGCCUCCAAUUAGCAAAGCACAGGUUGCCAAGCUUCUCAAUGAUGCUAAAUCGCCGGAGCAACAGGUUACGUGUCUAAGGAAGCUCCGUUCCUUCGCUAACGAGAAUGAAACAAACAAAAGAUGCAUGGAGGCUGCAGGUGCUGUAGAGUUCUUGGUCUCAAUGCUAAAUAACUUCCAUUCUUUAUCAUUUGAAGUAACUUCAGAUGAUGGGUUUGAGAUCUCAAGACCAAGUGAUGAGGCCUUGAGUAUUCUCUACGGUCUACAAAUAUCAGAAUCUGGCCUAAAGAAUCUUGUUAUGGGAAGAAAUGGUGAAUUCAUUGAGACCUUAACGAAAGUUAUGCAAGGUGGAAACUAUGAGUCUAGAGCUUAUGCGGUCUUCUUGUUGAAAUCGAUGCUUGAAGUUGCUGAUACACUGAAACUCAUCAGUUUGAAACAUGAACUCUUCGACGAAAUAGUCCAAGUUUUACGUGAUCAAAUAUCUCACCAAGCAUCAAAAGCUACAUUGCAACUGCUAAUAAGUCUUUGUCCAUGGGGAAGAAACAGAAUCAAAGCCAUUGAAGCUAAGGCAGUCCCGGUUCUGAUUGAUCUUCUACUUGAUUCACCAGAGAAAAGAACCUGCGAGAUGGUGCUAAUGGUGCUGGACCUGCUAUGCCAGUGUGCAGAAGGAAGAGCUGAAUUGUUAGGGCACGGUGCAGGCCUAGCUAUUGUUUCAAAGAAGAUACUUAGGGUUUCUCAGGUGGCAAGCGAGAGGGCUGUGAGGAUCAUCUUGUCUAUCUCGAAGUACUCAAUAACUACUAGUGUUCUUCAAGAGAUGUUGCAGAUUGGCAUCGUGGCCAAGCUAUGUUUGGUGCUUCAAGUGGAUUGCGGAAUCAAGAUCAAAGACAAGGCAAGAGAGGUGCUUAAAAUGCAAGCUAGAGUUUGGAAGAGUUCUCCUUGCAUACCAGCAAAUCUACUCUCUUCAUAUCCAGAAUGAGAGGAAGUGAAAGAAUCAUGAAUUACCUUUUUUUGGUUACUUUUGUCUUUUCUUGUGCAUACACAAUUCACUGAUGUUAUUAGAAAUAGAUAUACAAACGGCACGAAACUGUGUCGUCCCCUAGUUAGUGCAUGUUUUAUUGCAAAUUGGGUAUUUCCAUUUUGAUGAAAUUAAUGAUUAUAAACAAACUUGAGAUCUCUACAA